AUGUCGUGGAUGGAGACUCCAGAGGACCAAGCCAUAGAGGCUGGCACACUCCGGGAUGAGUGCACUUUGACCCCGAAGGGAGCGGGGCAACCAGAGGACUCAGACUGCUCAGGUCCUACCAGGUGGGACACACCCGUCAAACUGGGGCGGACAAGACCAAAACUGAAUCGUAUAGCCUCUGUGUACACUAAAGGACCUUCCGCAGGAAGUCUUGCUCCAUCGCAAACCCCUUCAGCCCCCUCUUCCACCCCAGGCCUCAAAGACCCCUCGCAGUCUCCAAUGGCAGUUCCUCUAAAUGUAGUCACCAUCCCUGCUGUCCCUAGCAGCACUGCCCUCGUCUCUUCUUCCCUGCCUAACUCUGCUCCGCCUACAGCCCUACCCUCCUCUUCCACCCCCACCAGCACAGUAAAGAAACAGCGCCCCCUGCUGCCUCGUGAAAGCGUCCCGGUGGUGCAGCGGGCCGUUGUCUGGAACCCUGGUGCCAAAUUUCAGACAUCCUCUCAGAAGUGGCACAUGCAGAAGGUGCAGAGGCAGCAGCAGAGUCACACGCAGCCACACACACAAGCACAGUCGUUAUCACAAGCACAGCAGCCGUCGUCUUCACCGUCUUCAUCCAGCACUCGAUAUCAGACACGGCAGGCUGUCAAGGCUGUACAGCAGAAAGAUUCUCCACACAGCACCUCGACCUCAGCUGUCACUCUGGUCACCAGCACCCCAGUGUCUGCAGCCAUAAUGGCAGGUGUCACAGUUAGCUCUUCAUCCUCAUCCUCAUCCUCCUCCAUGGCCGGAGAUCUACAAAUACCCACCACCUCUGCUGACGUGGCAGCCGAUAUUGCAAAAUAUACCAACAAAAUCAUGGAUGCAAUCAAGGGGACAAUGACUGAAAUAUACAAUGACCUCUCGAAGAGCACCUCAGGAAACACAAUAGCUGAAAUCAGGCGGUUACGGAUCGAAAUCGAAAAGCUGCAGUGGCUCCAUCAGCAGGAAUUGUCAGAGAUGAAACACAAUUUAGAGCUGACCAUGGCAGAGAUGCGACAGAGUCUGGAGCAAGAGCGAGAGCGCCUGGUCGCAGAAGUGAAGAAGCAAAUGGAGCUGGAGAAACAGCAGGCUGUCGAUGAGAAAAAGAAGCAGUGGUGUGCCAACUGCAAGAAAGAGGCCAUUUUCUAUUGCUGCUGGAACACAAGCUACUGUGAUUAUCCCUGCCAGCAAGCCCACUGGCCAGAGCAUAUGAAGUCCUGCACACAGUCUGCAACAUCGUCACAGCAAGAGCCAGACACCGAGUCAAACGCAGACGGCAUCUCGAAGGUUUCGGGCCAUCCCAACAACAGUCAGGACUCGCCUCGAGAGACCACGGGAGCUCCUCCAACAGACAAGGACAGCGACAUGGACAAAUCGAAGGACAGUGUCACAGUCAGUGUGUCCUAGCUCAUGACACACCAACUACUGCAGGACUGCACUUACAACUGCACAUAUGUACAAAACCUAGUCGAGUUGCGUCACUACAACAAAACGUUUUCAUGUUGUCGUCUUGCCAGGAUCUGCUUUUAACACUUUGGGAGGCUGAUUUGCUUAUUUCUAUCAAUAACAGUUCCUUGGUCCCAUCUCAUUUCCUUAUAGCAUUAAAGACACACCCGGACCUCUUUAGCGACUUACGUUGCUUUUUUUUUUUUUUCACUUGACU